UAGACUUUUACUUUGUUGUCAAAUUUUCAGUGUUUAAUACUCCAGUUUUCAGACAAUGUCCGCUUAUAGGUUGAGUUGUAUCGGGAACGCGGAAUGGGGUCCCCGGACCUCCAAUCGUUCCAGAUCACUAUUCAACUCGGAGGCCGUCGAGCGCGAUAAGUGGACCCAAUUCUUUUUUAACCUGCCCAAGGCGCCUCUCGAAUUGCAGCUGGCCAAAGCCCGAGCGGAUCGGGAGCUCGAGCUGGUCAGGAGCAAGCAGAAGGCUGCUUUGGAACGAACCGAAUCCUCACCAAGAAGUAAGUGCCGUCCACUCACUGCUCUGCACAACUCGCCGCGUACCACGAAUCGAGUGAAGGUGGUCAUGGAGACUCGCAUGCGGCCAGCGAUCGUCAAAGAGUCAAAGUCGGAGUACAAUCUGUGUCCCAGUUGUGGACUUGUCAAGGAUUCGUUGCUCAAUCACCAGCACGCCGAGCAGCGUCUGAAGAAGCUACUGGCACAACAUCCCAGUUUGCUGCCAAAACGACAGCAUAGAAGAUCAUCAAAUGUUUUGCGUAUGCUAUAACUAGAUAA